ACCAUGUGCAUUUUGUUAACGCGUAAAACGUAGUGUUAUCAGUUUUUGAACAUGAACUUUAACCGGAAAAUCUGUGAUCUAGGUUCAACUGAUAAGGUGCGAAAUACAAACAGAAACGGAUGCACAAAGAAACGAGAUCUUCAACGACAAGUACAGUGCCAACGAGGUCUUUCGCCUAAUACCAGAGCUCAUCAUGCCGGCUGGGGGACGACAGGCACAGUAGUGGUUUAGACGCUAUUUAUAUUAUUAGAUGGCAUGCUCAACAACAGUUAUGUGCGAAUUAGAUUAAGUUGGUACAGAUGAAGUUCUUUUCAACGUACUGGUUUGUUGUUGUUUUAGGAGCAAACACUCUGGUAACUGUACAGUGUUUCAGUGCUUCGGAAUGUGGGCAGGGCUUGGAAACAGAGUGGAAUCCUUUUCCUAAUAAAGUAAUCGGUUUUGACCAGUCUAAAUCAAACAAUGCUUCCAUCAAAGUGAACCAGAUAUAUUAUACUGAUAAACUGGAGACCUGCUUACAAGAAUGCUGCAGUUCCAAAUAUGGUGAAUGCAAUAUCCUGGGAUAUAGUAGGAAAGGAUUUAAGUUCAACUGCUAUCAUUGGUUUUGUUUUCCUUUGACGCUGUGUGUGUUCAUGGAGGCUCAAGGCACCGACUCUUACAUACUAACAGAGAUUAAUAAAAUAGCUAAUGAAACUCAUUUUAACAAUGCUAAAAACUUUGGUACUAUUGACACAAAAAUAUCUGCUUCUAAGAUGAAGACCAUGACAACAACAUUCCAGGCUGGUUACAAAGAAAGAACACAGGAAGAGAGCAUACAGUACGAACCUCAAGAUUUGGUUACUAAACCUACCCUGAAGCUUAAGUUAAAUCAUGGAUUUACCGACAACAAAGAGUUUCAAGAUAAUUUUGUAACAAAUGCUGUAUCUUAUGCUUCAGUCGCAGUCGGUAACGAAGAUACUACAAGAACAAAAUCUAACUUUGGUCUUCAUAAACUAGAUGGAGCUCCUUCUGGGACUGGAAACGAAAGAAAUAGUUUGUCACAGAAACAUCUUAAUGAGAUGAAAGAUACCGAGAAUGAUGACUCGGCUGCAAAUUCAAAAACAUCUUAUGGUUCGAAGGAUACUUUUAAUAUUUCCAAUGAGAAUAUUCUUACAGGUAAAACAAGUAAAAAAUUUGAAGCCAGUGUUGUCUUUAGUACCGGAAGGAAUAAAGAAAAAUCAAUAGAAGUUAAUGACAAUAAGGAAGUUGUCACUUCACCAAGUUUUGAUAUUUUUUAUUCAAAAUCUUCACCACCAUCGUCUUUGGAUAAGGCUGAGCUUCAAGAUACUUUCAAUAAUUCUCACUUCAUUAAGGCUAACAAUUCACAUAACCACAAUACAUUUAAGCUAGUAAAUUCCAGAAAUAUUUCUGCGUCAGUAUUUCCUUUCGAUAUUGUGAACAAGGCUUUAAAUAUAAAUAUAAGUUUGACGACUUUUGACGCCACAAUCGGCAACACUUCAGACAGAGACACCUACAUCAUCGUUACUAGUCAUAAUAAUGCUAACAGAACGUUAGAAAUAAAUUAUGCCUUUACGUACGAAAACAAUUUAAGUUUAAAUACGUCAUCAAUUCAUUUGGUUAUUGUUUUAAUAAUUGGUUUAAUAAUAGUGUUGAUAGCAGUAGGCUUAGUGGCGUCGCGUGUUUACGGAAUGUGGCAACGACGCCAUUAUUGUAAGAUGGACUUUUUAAUUGAAGGCAUGUACCAUUGACAAACCUAAGAAAACUGUCAUCAGUAGGUGUUCCUCAUAUAGGCAUAAAAAAAUAUGUAUGAGGCAUUCGUGAUAGUUUCCUUUCCCAUGUUAUUAUAGUUAUCAGAAACUGUCUACUUGUAUUUAAAACCGUGAAUUUUCUAUAACGUAAGCGAUUUCAAAUCAGAUUAUUUUUGAAGACUAAAUCUGAAUGUGCUCAUUCGUGUUCGAUAAAAGAAUAGUUUUAAAGAAAUCUAAAAUGUUCAAAGCGUAUUUUGUAAUUUUUUCUAAUUGUGGAUGCGUUGCGAUAGAGAGAUACGUCUUAUUACAUCAGUUUUUUUAACUAUAAUGUAAAAAAAAAA